AUGACCCACUGUUGCUCGCCUUGCUGUCAGCCUACCUGCUGCAGGACCACCUGCUGGAAGCCCACCACUGUGACCACCUGCAGCAGCACACCCUGCUGCCAGCCCUCCUGCUGUGUGUCCAGCUGCUGCCAGCCUUGCUGCCGCCCAACUUGCUGUCAAAACACCUGCUGCAGGACCUGCUGCCAGCCCACCUGUGUGAACAGCUGCUGCCAGCCUUCCUGCUGCAGCACACCCUGCUGCCAGCCCACCUGCUGUGGGUCCAGCUGCUGUGGCCAAACCAGCUGUGGGUCCAGCUGUGGUCAGAGCAGCUCCUGUGCACCUGUGUACUGCAGAAGAACCUGCUACCACCCCACGACUGUCUGCCUGCCUGGUUGCUUCAACCAGAGCUGUGGCUCCAGCUGCUGCCAGCCCUGCUGCCGCCCAGCCUGCUGUGAGACCACCUGCUGCAGGACCACUUGCUUCCAGCCCACCUGUGUGUCCAGCUGCUGCCAGCCUUCUUGCUGCUGAUCAAGUCCCAAGAGAACCACCAUCCUCACACAACAAAUUUCUGCUCAACUGACUCAUCUUUUGGGGGACUAAUUUACUUUGCUGCUGACAGCCACCAGGCU